CCGUCUAACCUACGUGGACAAGGUGAAAUCGGUGCUGGUCUCCAUUCUUCUCCGAGAAGCAAAGAAGAAACACAUGAAACUCAAACUACCGCCUCGCCCGCUCUCAGCGCAGCGCGCCGCCUCGCCAGCGGCUAGAACACAAAUCGCGAGGCCGGAGAAAGCGGCAACCCCCUCUUCUGGCAAAGCGAUGGCUCGGUCUUCUAUCUCUUCUUCUCCUUCUUCAAUCUUCGAUCGUCUAAUCCAUUUCCUCCUCUCCCUCUCCCCCCUAUUCCUCCUCUGUUCCUCCCACCCAACAUCUUUCCCAGGUGUCAGCAUCCAGAAUCCUACGACACAACUUUUCCCGUCACUACAUGCUGGAGGUUUUUGUGAUAGAGUACGUGUCUCGGGAACAACAAGGUUGAACUUGAAGAGCUAUGCGAGUUCAUUGUAUGUGACAGCUAAGGCUUCUGAAGACAUGCCGCAAAGGCUUCAUGGAAAUAUUGGGAUUUGCUUUCAUCGAAAUGCUUCUCUUGGAACUUGCGAAUGCGGUCAUGAUGAUUGGAGAAGUCUUCAGAAUGGUGAAUGGAAGUCUGUGAUGUCGCCUUAUGAUACCAGAUUUAUAGAUGUUAAAUCAAUUGAAAAGAUUUCUGGCUCCAUCACGGUCUAUGUUGAGGAAGAGUUUCAACAGUGGCGUCUGUUUUGCCUUGGUAUUGGUUUUGUUAUGUUGGUAAUGGCACCAAUUGUGAGCAAGUGGGUGCCAUUUUACUAUAGCAGUUCAAUGGCGUUAGGUGUUCUGCUUGUCAUCUUGUUAAUUUUAUUCCAGGGAAUGAAGCUACUACCAAUGGGCAGGAAGAAUGUCCUCUAUCUUACAUUGUAUGGAUCUGUGCUUGGAAUUGGGUCAUACAUAGCACAUUACUUCUCCACAAUAGUGAAUUCUAUUCUUGUGAGCUUUGGGCUGAGCGAAGAGAUGCAUAAUCCUGUAAGUUGCUUUAAGAAUUCAGCAAAACACAUGUUCUAAUGAACGAACAUAUUUUUUUGUCUUUUU